AGCCCUUCCACAUGAUUUAUUUUUAAAAGCUUUGGGAAGUACAUUUCUCAUAGCACGAUUGAAAAGAGUGACGUGGCUGGUUUUGAAAGAGUACUCCAAAUAGCUUUUCCAAGCCGGGCUAUCUAGAAAAUGAACUUUACCAUUAGCUAUGCAAAAAGUCUCUAAGGUGGGAAAAUUCCCGUCUGUGACGUGUUUGUUCUUAACCUUUGUGGAAAAUAGCUCACUAACCAUUUUUAAUAUUUGACUUUCCUACUCCAGUUUCAAAUGCUUGUAGCUUCUAUUUAUGCAAAACACUCUCAAGUGUUUGUCACAGCUUGCUUUUUACUUGAAAUUCACAGGAACAUUACAUGCUGUACAAAACAAACUGCUGCUCUCAUGAAAGAUCCCCUUUGGAUAUUUUUUGCUUUUGUGCUUAACAUUUGCAUUUGACGCUUUGCAUAGAUGUUCUUAGUUGCUUCUCAGACUAUGUUUUGUACUCCUGUGGAUCCACGGGCCAUUGCCUGAAAAAAUCACUUAGUCAUACAACAGUAUUGUCAUGUAAUAAUCUAAUUAAUUAUAAAAAAAAGUAGUGAAGUGCUUUUUUGUACUUACUUUAUAUACUAUCUUUUGUACUCAUACAUUUUCUAAUAUAUUUGCAACAUUCCACUGAAUUUCUCCAAUCUUUUAUGUUUUUUUUUUCAUGUGGUUGGGAGGCUAGUUGUCCUGUUAAAGUUUUAGAUGUAGGUAUUAGCUCUUUGUUUUCCCAUGUUUAUUAGUCCUUAUUUUACAGUCUGCAAAUCACAAUCACCAGGGAUGAAUAUGUAGUCUACACACUGAGGUUUCACAGCAAUUAAGAAGGCCUGCUCUGUCCAACUCAGAGAAAUGGCACUUGACAUAUUGUAUGAUGAGAAUUAUAUUUUAUUGUCAGACACAAAACCAGAAAUCACAUAUACUUAGGCUCACUGUUACCUACUUUUAUGUUUCAGACACUGCUGAAAUACGUAAAGAGUUGAUAAGAUAUAGACCCAGGGGCAUUUUCAUACACUAUCCAGGCAUGGCGGAAGCGCUGGUUCGUGCUGCGCAGAGGCCGCAUGAGCGGGAACCCAGAUGUGCUGGAGUACUACCGGAACAACCAUUCCAAAAAGCCCAUUCGGAUCAUCGACCUCAACGAGUGCGAAGUGCUGAAGCACUCGGGACCCAACUUCAUCAAGAAGGAAUUUCAGAACAACUUUGUCUUCAUUGUGAGAACCACUUACCGCACCUUCUACCUGGUAGCCAAAACUGAGGAGGAGAUGCAGAUCUGGGUGCACAACAUCAGCCAGAUUUGUAACUUUGGACACCUAGAAGAUGGCACAGGUUCGGUGGAGAGCCUGUCUCACACGACCUCGUCCCCACAGCCAUCGCCGGCCGCCUCCACCCAUGCCUCCCGCAUCACUGAUCCCUCCUUCUCAGUCGACCACACUGCUGCUGACACGUCUGCUGCAGAGGAGACCCCCAGCGAGUCGGAGUCGGUCUUCCUCCCCGACUACCUCUUCCUCUCCAACUGCGAGUCAGGCAAGCUCAGCCACAACAGGUGUGACAGCUGGUCGAAUUCGGACAGAUCUCUGGAGCAAACCUCAUCAGAUGAUGUUUUUGUCGACUCCUUGCAGUCCCAGCCCUCGUUGUACAUUGUACAGCCAUCCAGUGCUGGCACUGUGCACCAGGACGGGGCCCCACUGACAAAUCCCAGCACCGUGUCCAGGAACAUAGACAUUAGUGGGCCGCCCAGUGACUUUUCCUCCUCUUCUCCGCUGCUGGGGACACCGCUGACACCAACCUUUCAGAUUGACAAGAGCCAAAACGCGCUGCCCUAUGGUGUAACCCAGCUGGACAUCCUGUCCAACACGCCCCCGCCACGGCCGCCCAAGCCAACCCACUUCUCGGACAGGAGAGGGGAUGAGGUGGGCGGCGGAACCCUCCAGAAUGGGCAUGCAGGGAUCUGCCGAGCUCAGGUCGCUCUGGUGCCCAGGAGGAUCUCCUUGUCCAGCUUAGACAACGUGAGGAACUGGAAAGCAGACAUGGAAGGCAGUUCCUUAAGAAGUCGGGAUAAGAGGCUUAGCUUGAAUUUGCCCUGUCGGUUCUCCCCACUCUACUCGACUGCUUCGGACAGCACGGAGGACAGCUACGUGCCCAUGCGCCCCAGCACCUCUCCCUCUGCACCUGGCUCCGACUGUUCACCCGACGGCUACAUCCCCAUGAGCCCCGGCUCAGCCACGUUUACCUUUCCUGUCGUCAGCACUGAAAAACUCACCAGCCCAUUACCUGAGCUUCCCUCGGACCUGGAACCCCCUCCGGUGAACCGAGACCUCAAGCCUCGUAGGAAAUCACGGCCACCUCCUCUGGACUUGAGGAACCUCUCUACAAUCCGGGAGCAUGCUGCCGUGACCAGGAUGUGGACUGUGCCUUACAAUCGAAUGAGCUUUAUCUCACCAGAAAGAGACGGUAUUAAUUCAGCAAGAAUAUUUGCCAAUUCAGUUUCCGGAGAAGAGGAAGAAAGUUACAUUCAUAUGGAUCACAGACAGGCAACUUCUCCAUACAGUGGUGCUUUUCCAUGGACAAGGAAAUCUAACCUUGAUUACUUAGCAUUGGAUUUUAAUUCUGCUUCCCCAUCCCCUGUACAGAAGAAACCUUUCCUCUCUGAGGAGCAGAGAGUGGACUAUGUCCAAGUAGAUGAACAGAAGACUCAAGCUUUACAGAACACUAAGCAGGAAUGGACAGAUGAGAGACAAUCGAAAGUCUAAAGGAAGAAGAUUUGGGAUCUGGAGGAUUUUGUUUUUGCACUGGAACCACAAUGUUAAUGAAGCAGCUAUCACAGUAGAGUUCAAAGGCAGAGAGAGUUGUAAGAUGCCUACAGUCUGUAGAGGAAUGGCAUUCUUAAUGGAAACCUUUGAUUUCAGUUGGAAGUAGUAUGUUGAAUGAGAGAGUGGUUCACUGAUGAUUAAAGUAAUGCAUUACCCCUUUUACUGCCCUUACCAGUAAGCUACAUGGUACCGUUUUCUGGCAUGAUUCUGCAACGAGUCAUACACUUAAUGUUAACAAAUCCACUACAUGUUGCAUUAAUCUAGUUAGUCCUGCCUUCUUCCUCUAUUGCAUAAUUCCUAGUUGCUAAAGCUGUUUUUUGAUAUUCCUGCAAAUACUGUGGGUGCUGAGUGCUUUUAUGGCAGCGGGCAUCUGACAGGUAUUGGUGACUAAUCAACUAAGGGCUAAAAUACUGAAACAAUAAAAAAACCUUUUUGAAUAUAUAGUGCUUAAGCAAAGAGAAUUUUGGAAAAUAUUUUUCCCCCUGGGUUUAAAAGGUCUGACUCUGAGCUGAUGCUGUCAGAAACCCAAAAUUGGACUAUGUACCAAUGGGACUGGAACACAUGGUCUUUGACCUUCCGGAUGACGGUCAUCGUAUUAAGCUUCUUCUCUCUAUCGUGGCUCACACUUGUCGCCUUUCUGUCUGAUUCCUACUGAUGUUUUCUACCCUAUCUCGAGGAGUGUCUUCAGCACAGCACAGCUGCUCCUCUAGCAGGAGGCUGCAGGCACACAGCUCUUGGCUGGCCAAAAAAUAGAAAGGGAAGCUGUGAGCCUGUUUCUGCAAGUCUUGAGAGAACUGGCAAUGGAUCAAGAAUGCUUUCAUCUGAACUGCAGAAGAAAUGCCAUUGGAAUUGCUGGUAGCAGUCAUCAAACUGAUUGUUUCUCUAGACCCACCCCCCAAAAAAAAGCAAAUUAGGAAGUGCAGCGUGCUCUGAGAGGCUAGCAGGCCUGCCAAAAUAAAACAACAAUGCGCUUACGUGGCGUGAGGACCUCUGGGUUCAGGAAGCUUAUCUGCCUUGGGACUUGUUACAGGCACUAUCUCAGGAUCACAUAUGUGUAUAGUUUAUAACAUAUUUAACUUUAAAAGCUUGGCUGCAAUCUUUAUUUUAAGGUGGCACACAACCACUGGAAUCAUGGAAGUAUGCAGUACCGCUGAGUGACCCACACUGGAUUUGAUCUUGCUGGCUUUGCUCAUGCAGGUAAGUCCCACUAGCCAUAAAAGGUCUCAUCCUGUCAGCAAGGACAGACAGCCAGGACCCUUACAAAAGAUUUUCUUUUUGACAGUGCCAAGUCACUGGCCUCCCUUCACGUGCCUGUUGCUACCACGUUGUAUUAUUGUAAUCCGACAUCCCAAAAAUGCUGAUUUACCAAACACAGGUUGUAGAAAUGUCAUUGCAGAAACCACUGGCAUUUCAAGGCUCCUACUUACUGUCGUCCAUGCACCCAUUCUGCUUCAGCCAUUUGGGCACUAUGGGAGGCUGAGAAACGUGGCCAAGUUGCACGUCCUGCUGGGAGAGGCAGCGUAGCGAACAGAAACACCAUUUUUCUCCUACCUCAAGAGAGCUGAAGUGCUUGUAAGUCUUGAUGCAAAUACAAAGCUGGGGAUCUGUGGUGACCAGGCUCUUACUAGCUUACCCUGUGAGAACAAGGAGGAUCAUCAGCACCUUUAUUGACUCUGGGGCAAAUUGGGCACCCAGGCCUGCGGGCAUAAAGUGUCCUGGACUAGACCUGCUUGGAAAACCGGGAUUUAUACUGCAGAUAGCUGACCUGCUGUUUCCUCCUACUCUGCUCCUCCACCUCCCACCAAAGCUCUGAAAUGAAAAUUAAUGUUCAUAGAAGUUUUUAAAAGAAUUCAGACUUUUCCAUAUAAAUCUUGUCUAUCUGGUGUGAAACUUAGUUUGCUAAAACCCAGUUGUUUUGUCUUAAAACUGAUUUAGGAGAGCUCUGAGCAGCUGUGCCCUGGGUGUGGUAUUGCUACAGGGGAAGUGGGUUUGGGGCGAGGCAAUGGAGAUCUGUGCCUCCACAGAGGUGUUAGAGAGAGGUAAGCAAGGAAAGGCCAUGGCUGUAGAGAUGUUUGCCUUUCUGCUCAAAAGAAUUGCCUUCCUUUCAAGGUGUACAAGUAAUAGAUGUUACUGAAAGCCUUUGGUACAUGCAGCAGUACUGAAAGAGUUAAAAGACCAGCUAAGACGUGUAUUACAGUAGGGGACAGAAAACAUCCACAAAGGGCAGCUAAAAUUAUGCUAUGCUACUGCAGAUCCCCAAUGGCAGAGUGGUGUCAUGGCAGCCUUCAAUGUGGAUUGCAAUAGCAUACAAAUCAGCUCAUGUUUGACUGGAGUGUUUCUUCUCGUGCUGUCAGAAAAUCUUCUGAAGUGGAAAAACAAAACCACAGAGUUAUUGGAGACAACUGACUCACUUGUUAUUCUACUUUAUUGUAGAAAUAUUUAAACUUUGACAAACCUGGCUAACAGAUCAUUCAGAAGUCCAGAAAAGAAAGAGCUCUUUUGUUUGUUUUUCGAUUUUUUUUUUUCCCCUGAAAGGACAUAAACAUAUAGCUUGGCAAGGACUGUCCCUAGAUCAGAAUGGCCCCCUUUCAACUUCCACAUGUUCCCUGCUUGUUCCUCCCACACACACACACUCUUGAUCAAACACUGCUCACUGGUUUCUAACUUUAUAACUAAAAUCUAAGUUUGGGGGUUUAUUGAGAUUUUUCAUUUAAGAUCUGUUUUUACCCGCUGAUCCGGUGUCUGUGACAUGCAUUCUUGUGUAAGCACAACACAUGAAACAGGAGCAAUUUAAAAAGUACAAAAAAAGUCUUAGAAGCAGAGCAGUCCUCCCCCAAAGCUUUAAUUUUUUUGUUCACAACACUCCAAAGAGGGUAGAGGGGAGGAGGAGGAGGAGGACGGGAGGAUGGCAGUGGCCAAAUCUGCUGUGGCCACCCCCUCAUUAAGGAUUUUGGUGUGAAUGGAGCCACAGCAGCCCCUGCUGUAGUACACGACUGACAUAGCUGUGGGCUGCUGCUGCCACCAGCCCUGGGCCAGCACCCAGUGAGCCUUCUGGUGGGAGAGGAGGGAUGCUACGGAGCAAAAAGGAGUCAUUGUUUAAUUAAGUCUGUUCUUAAACACUGAUCCCUUGGCCGAAGAGGAAAGAAAACCUGUGAAAGUACCUGAAAACAGUCAGCUUUUGUCAGUGUCAUGUUUGAAAACAUAGCCCAGGCAAGAGCCCUGGGCUAGUGCUGGCUCUGGGGUCAGCCAGGCACACUCCUUAUAGUGUGUUCUUUUUGCUGGGGAUCUGUUAUAUUGUUAUUUGUACGUAUUUCAUAAAAAAGUAUCAUGAGAGCUGAUGCAGAGGGAGGCUCUGCACCUAAAUGAGCAUGGGGUGGCCAGUGGUCCCUUAGGAAACUUGUCUCCUGGGGGAACUGGCAUUGCUGGGCUCAGGACUUGGAGUGCCUUCUCCAGCACUGCUGGGGUUUCUCAUUUCAAAUGGGGAGAGUGCUAAACGAGCAGAAUAGGUUUUGCUUCAUUGGAAAUGUCACUCUGUGGACUUGCCAGGUGAAGCUCGGUUGCAGAACAAUGUGGAAAACAAACAAGGUAAAUGGUUUUAGCACUGUGGUUACUGUCAGAGUGAUCAGCUGGAUUUCCCCUGCUGCUGGCACGGCCAGUGAGUGAGCUGGCGUGCCAGCACCCAGCCAUGGGAGGGAGGAGAUCAGGGAUGAGAUGGAUCUCUUUUAGUGAAAUUGUCUGUGGCCACUGACUACAAAAAUAACCUGCAUCAAACACCUGCUGAAAUACAUCAUAAAGAAAUCAAUCUGAUCUGAACCCUUCCUGAAGCGAGCAGGAUUUCAGUACUUACUGGGAGUUACGUGCAUUCCCAAGGUCUUUGCUCAGUUCGAGUUUAAUAUGGCCUUACUCUGCAGUCUUUCAAUGUUCACACAUUUGAACAAGGUGUAGAAGGAUCCAGGAGUUGUUCACUUUUUGGACUAAACUGUAUUUUCUGUUUAUAAUUCCCUUACUACAGGAGGCAGCAUUAAAUUCCUUUCUGGCAGAUAGGAACACUUUACCUGAGAAAUGUCAACAGCCAUUUAACUUGAGCCAGGUGUUUUCAGCCAGCUCACUUUUGCCAACAGUAGUGCCCGCUCUCUUCCGUAACAUUUAUUACAUCAUAGAUGUAGAUUUUGGAGCUGAAUUCACUUGAAGUGAUUCAGUGGUUUAGUAAUUCAAAGACCAUCAGAUGCUGUGAUGAGAAUGAAGCACAGGGCAAUGCCUUUCCUUUGUUCCCCUGUUCCGCAAAACUUGCUCAGGUUAAAAAAAAAAAAAAAAACAAAAAAAGCCACCAAAAUAGCAGACUUUUGCCAUGUCAAAGCCAGAAUAUUUUUUGUUCAAAUAAAUAAACUUUUUGUCUUGUGCAAAUGAAUCAUUAUAUGUUUUUUGUAUUUGUAAAUCUGUGGGGAAGCAUUAAACAGUCAUCUCUGUAACGAAGGAGUAAAUCAUUGAUAGAGGGGAGGGGCUCACCUUCCUGAUGUUUCAUUGUAAUGUUUGUUGUAUAUAUUUGCACAUUAAAGUGUGUAUCUUUUUUUCUAAUAAAUUAAUAUAAAAUUUAA